CGGUCAUGUAUCCGGCCGGUCCAUGUGAUUAUUCCCGAUGUGUGACAACCAUGAGUAGCGGGCAAAUUGAUACUGCAGGUGUAGCUCUUGGCUGGCUCAGUGUGUGAGCGUCUCGCUGGCUGCCUAUCUUGUCAGACGGCGUUGUUACCGGCUGUCGUGUAGCAUGUGCGCCUGACAUCAGUGAUCGGCUGUGGGGAAAAGUUUGCAACGCCAUGGAAAGUCUUCCGCAACAUUUGCGUUUCAAGGAGCUGUGGGGUGGAAAGGAUGUUGAUAUCGAACCAGGACAGUGUUCUAAUCUCUUUGAUUCACCAUUUCCAUUUGGCAUUCCACCAGUGAUACCUGAUGCUGAGGAUCAUGCUAACGAAAUCUUGGAAGAUAUAUGGGAUGGCUCUAACACACAUUACCCACAUGGUUCAGAAAGGUGCUUUUUGUCUCCUCCAAACAUAAACUCCUUACUUUCAUGCGAUGUUUCAAUGGCUCCAUCAGAGCUCAAGGUCCUAAGAAACCUUACUUCAGGAACACUUGAAGGAUAUGAAGAGGUGUUUACAGAAGAAGAAGCACUAGAAGAUAAUGAUCAAGUGAUAGACCUUACCAAAGAGUUGCUGACAGUCCCACCUGGAUUUGAAGAAGGCAUGACUUUUGGCAGUGAGCAACCCUCAAGUGAAGACAGGCUCUCAGUGCGCCAUGUGCUCAAUUCGGCUGAUGUGCUGUCUUCUGGAGAGCCGCAAGUCUUAGAGGAAUCCAGCUUAGAAGUCAAGCAAAUAAGUGAUAGCCUGCUAAAUCAGACUCUGGAUGACGCUGGACUGUUGGAGCACCUUCAAUCGGAGCCUGCAGCCAAUGUUCUGAAGAUCAGCAAUGUUAUGAAUGACCGUAAUGUGUGUCUUGAGUGGGCUGAACAAGUGGAUAUUUCCAAGCCCAUGUUGGACUUCCAUGAAAAAGUUCCUGACCCUGCCUUCAGUUGGCCCUUUGAACUGGACACCUUUCAGAAGAAGGCCAUUGCUCACUUAGAAAACAGGGAUUCUGUCUUUGUGGCAGCUCACACUUCUGCAGGCAAGACUGUAGUUGCAGAAUAUGCCAUAGCGCUCUCUCGACGCCACAUGACAAGGACAAUUUACACAUCCCCUAUCAAGGCUUUGUCCAAUGAAAAGUACCGUGACUUCAAGGAAACCUUUACAGACAUUGGGCUUAUCACAGGUGACGUCCAGAUCAACAAGGAGGCAUCCUGUCUUAUCAUGACAACAGAGAUUCUCAGAUCCAUGCUUUACAACCAGUCAAAUGUGGUGGCUGACCUAGAAUGGGUUAUAUUUGAUGAAUGCCACUACAUUAAUGACCCUGAUCGGGGUGUUGUUUGGGAAGAAGUCCUCAUCAUGUUGCCAAGUCACGUGGGACUUGUCCUGCUCAGUGCCACGGUACCAAAUGCACUGAGCCUCGCCAAUUGGAUUGGGCGCAUUAAAGAGCGCAAGCUGUACGUCAUUUGUACUACCAAGCGCCCUGUACCUCUGGAGCAUCAUCUCUAUUUCAAUCAGGAAACAUUUCUGAUCCUGGAUGCCACCAAUAAGUUCCAGACUGCCAGCUACAUGAAGGCCUGUGCAAGACGGAAAGAAACUAUGAAGGCAACUCGAACAUAUGAUGACAAGACCCGGUACCAAGGUCUAAUACAGCACCUACGCAAGGCAGACCGGCUGCCAGCAAUUUGCUUCACCCUGUCACGCCGACGCUGUGAUGAAAAUGCCCAGUUAUUGCAAUCACUUGACUUGACCACAGCUGAGGAGAAGGGGGCAGUGCGGCGUUUCCUGCAGAAUAAUGUAGUAUCCCGGUUGAGCCGUGCCGACCAGCGGUUACCACAGCUACGCUCACUGCGAGGUCUCCUGGAAGCUGGUUUUGGCGUUCACCAUAGUGGUGUGCUGCCCAUUCUCAAGGAGGCUGUCGAAAUGCUCUUUCAGCGUGGCCUCGUGAAGGUGCUGUUUGCCACGGAGACAUUUGCUAUGGGUGUCAACAUGCCAGCUCGUACAGUUGUUUUUGACAGCAUCCGCAAACAUGAUGGCAUUAGCAACCGGGACCUGCUGCCUGCUGAGUACAUCCAAAUGGCUGGAAGGGCUGGUCGUCGUGGCAAGGACGAGACAGGCACAGUAUUGUUACUGUGUAAAGGAGAUGUUCCAGAGUCAUCGCAGUUACAAGCAAUGAUGCUUGGUCGACCAACAGAGUUGCAGUCACGGUUCCGUGUUACAUACUCCAUGAUCCUUAACCUCAAAGCCCAGGCCAACAAGCGUGUUGAGGACAUGAUGAGGGACUCCUUUCGUGAGAACUCCAGCCAGAGUCAGAGCCCCAGCUUAGCCGAGCGUUGUGCAUCCCUGGAGAACGAGUUGAGCGCACUGGCACCUAUUGAGUGCACAACAUGUCAGGAACUGCCAUUUGAGCUUUUGGAAGAAGAAGCUGCUGCACGAGUCGCUGCCUGGGAACAUGUACUUGCACAACCUCAGGCUGCACGGUGCCUGUCACCGGGGCGCUUGCUGCUCGUGCGCUCCCCAGAGGGAUGUAACCUUCUCGGUGCUCUGUCCUCCUUGGCUCCCCGAGAGAAGAGACUCGUCCUAUGGGCAUUGGCUGAUUCACAGCCCCAGUCAAGUGGCAAGGCCUCACUUCCCUGGCCACUCUCCAAGAAGGUUGCUGUCCCGGAUGCAGCUCUGAGUGUACAGGAGAUGACAGUCAUGUUCAGUAGCGUCCUCUGCAUUUAUGCCAAAAGCGUCAAGGUUGACCCCAAGCGCAUGUCGCAGCCUCAGUGCAGAAAUGUUUUGGGACAGGAGCUGCUUGAACUGGUGGAGGCACACCCAGGAGGUUUGCCAGUCAUCAACGUGGUUAAAGAGCUUCGCCUUUCAGCCAUGGAAAGUGUGGAAUUGGUGAAGCAAGGCCAGCAGCUGGAGGAAAAGCUGCUUCAGAGCCAGUGCCUUAGUUGCCCACUGUUUGAGAGCCAUUUUGAGCAGGAACGACGGCGGCGGCGGCUGUCAGAGGAGGUGCGGAAGCUGCAGCACCAGCUGUCCGAGGAAAGCCUUGCCUCCAUGCCUGACUACCGAAGCCAUGUUUUGGCUCUGGAGAAGCUGGGCUAUGUAGAGCCAAGUGGUACACUGACACUUAAGGGCCGUGUGGCACGCUCUCUGUCCAGCCACGAAGUAAUGCUCACCGAGCUGCUACUACAGGAGUCGCUGCUCACCCUGGGUGCAGCUGAAGUGGCCGGCCUAUUCUCCUGUUUUGUCUAUGAGCAACGCUCCAAUGACGAGGUGGUCAUCCCACUCUCCAUGAAGGCAGCAGUGGAAAAAUUCGUGGAGGUGGCUCACAAGAUUGGUCGUGUGCAGCGAGAGAGUGGCUUUGAUGAACCUGCUGAGCAGUUUGUAGAGCAGUUCAGCUUUGGUCUCUGCAAUGUGGUUUACCACUGGGCUAGAGGCAUGCACUUUGCACACAUCAUGGAGCUCACAGAAGUUCAGGAAGGUAUAAUAGUCAGGUGCAUUCAACGCUUGGAUGAGCUUCUCAAAGAUGUCAAGACAGCUGCAGGAAUUGUUGGAAAUCCUGAACUUCGCACCAAGAUGGAAGAAGCGUCACGCCUGAUUCGACGAGACAUUGUUUUUGCAGCCAGCCUCUACUUGCAGUAAGGUUUUCCUUCGUGCACAUGACAGCAAAGUGGCCCAUCUGUUAUGGCACUCUAUGCAGUAGUGGAAACAUGUGGCCGAUCAUCAUGAGGCAUCUAUAAUGGGACCUACCAAUUUGCUCUUGUGUGUCUGCAUUCAGUACGUCGCAGGAUGAACCGGACUGAUUUGCAGUGGUGUGAUAUAUAGGCCUUUUGCUAAUUAUUGGAUUUCGGUAUAAGUGGACUUGGCGCUGCAGUGGCUUUUUUAAAGAUUUUAUGCUUUUUUUCUGCAGCUUUGGCUAUUUUGGGUUUGCACAUGGCACAUUUUUUGUACCAACUUGGAUCAUAAUUUAAUUUUCCAAGCUGCAUGGUGUUCCUCAGUCUAGCUGAUAAUCGGCUUUGUGAGCCAAUUAUUUGACUCCUGCAUAACUGGACUGUUCACUGCAGUGGCUUUUUUAUUUUUCCUUUUCCUCUAUAGCUUCAUGUAUUUAGGCAUGCAUGUUGCACGUUUUCUGCUCCGACCUGCAUGAGACUUUAGUUCUGCUAGGCCGCAUAGUAUUGCUGCUUAGGCUAGUUGAUUUUAUUUCUUUUCUUCAAGUAGUUUUAUUUGGAGUAUACUUGGAGAUACUGAGAGUCAGUCGUUUACUUUAGAUUCUAAUGCUCGUAGGAAUGAAGCUUCUUGCUAAGAUCCACAGGGCACUGGCUGUUUUUCUCCACUGCCCUUAAUUUUAUACACCCCUACAGCCUAUUGUCUUUAUACGCUAAACUGUGAUGCUGCAAAAAAGUAGUGCCUGCAGUUGAUUUGCUUAGUCAAGCCAGCUAUUCAGAUUUAUGGUUAGUGUU